UUUUCAAAAUGAAAAUAUUUCAGAUUGAGAAAUGUAUGGCUAGGAGCUGUGGCAAUAUUCCACUAGUUGCAGCUCUUCGUGUAAAGGGUAACCUUAAUGGGGAGAACCUAUAUAAUAAUGUGAUCGCUGCCAACAUAACAGAUAUGGGACCACGACGGGCAGUGUCAGCUAAAGUCAAGGAUAUAAUUAAACAACAGGCUGGUUGGUUUCCAUAUUUGACAUUUUUACUGUCGCCAGUAUCAUGGAAUGCAGCAUAUGAAGUUGAUGAAGCCAACAAUGGCUAUUCCCUUACAAAUGGCAAUUUCAGACAACAUUCACAAAUAGAAUUUGCUACAGGUGAGGAACUUGUUGUGACUCAUGUUGGACGAGGCAUUGAUGAAGUUGGGGCACUGCAGGUGGACAUUGAAGUUAAUGGAGAAGUGCCACUCAUGCAGCAAGAAGCUUCUGUCUACAUAGAACCAUUUGAACAGGAUUUUGUCCAGACUAGCCCCGGUUCUCUUUACGCAUCUUCUACAAAUACACUCAAUAUUAAUGGACAUAAACUUCCUUACACAUGGAACAACACUGUGUCCUAUGAUACUUUGCAGGGAACAAUGCCGUACCUUGUUGAGAAGCUGACUACAAGAGAUAUUGACAUAGGCUACAAUCCUGAUUUGCAAGAAAUGACUUAUAUGAUGUCUACAGUGAUUGGAAAGAAAUUUGAUAGUGAUAAAUGUCCAGAAGGUUUUAUACGUGAUGAGCAGCACUUACACUGCAGAGACAUUGAUGAAUGCCAAGAAAGAAGUACCAACAGAUGUCACUAUACACAAAUUUGUGAAAAUCUCUUUGGAUCUUAUCGCUGCUUCUGUCAUCCUGGUUAUAAAUCCAAAGCAAUUGGUAAACGUUGUAUAGAUAUAAAUGAAUGCAUGGAAGAUCCUUCGAUCUGUUCUCAUCAGUGUCGCAAUGUGAAAGGAAGCUUCAAGUGCUUGUGUCCUAGAGGCUAUGUUUUACUAGAAGAUGGCAGAACGUGUUCAGGUCUUCAGUACUGGUCUGACAAGAGUGAUCCCUCUUCAAACCCUCACGAUGAUUUAAAUUUUCACCCUCAAUCUUCACAUGGUCUCCGCAACCUUCCAGUGGGUCGCAGGCAUAACAAUGGUUAUGAAUACUUUCAAAAUGUUGACCACAAAUUAACUCGCCACAGUCCGCAGCACUCUUGGAGCAGAGUGGAAGAUUCCUGGAGCUGUCCUCAAGGAUUUGAGCCAUCAAAUGGAAUUUGUCAGGAUGUAGAUGAAUGCAGAAUUGUUCCAAGUGUGUGUAACAUUGAUCAGACAUGCCUGAACACAAAGGGAACACACAGGUGCUUAGAGACGCCGUGUCCGUCCGGUUAUGAGAGGGACAUGGACACGAGGAAUUGUGUUCAGUUCUGUGAUGAACCAGGGGUUAAGUGCAAGGAAGGAGCAAUGCUAACACAAACUAUUAGCUACACUGUACUUACGUUAGGCAGGAAUGAAGUACAGCCGUAUCAAGAUUUGAUGCAGUUCACAGUUUUUGGGGAAGAUGGUGGACAGUUACCAAGAACAAGAUACAGGAUAGUUGAAAAUGAAAUAGGUAAACCAUUCCGAGUCCGAAUCGAAAAUGGUCAAGGAAUUCUGUAUACGCUGAAGUCUCUGAAAUUGGGAAGGCUGUACAGAAUAGUUGUUCUUGCGCUGUCGUAUGAUGAAGAUGAAAACAACAUUCUCUACACAACAAAGUAUAUUACAUUCAUAAAUUUGCUUGAUGGUUCUUAAUCUGAACGCCGAAAUAAAAAUAAAACAUGUACCACUCUUAUACAAGUGACAAAAAAUUAAACUGUGAAGCUGUCAAUCAA